UUUUAGCCGAAAAAGUAGAACAGCUGAUGGAAUGGAGUUCCCGGCGCUCAAUCUUCCGAAUGAAUGGCGAUAAAUUCCGAAAAUUUAUAAAGGCACCACCUCGAAACUACUCUAUGAUUGUUAUGUUCACCGCUCUUCAGCCUCAGCGGCAGUGUUCUGUGUGCAGGCAAGCCAAUGAAGAAUACCAAAUACUGGCUAACUCUUGGCGCUAUUCUUCUGCUUUUUGUAACAAACUCUUCUUCAGCAUGGUGGACUAUGAUGAGGGGACAGAUGUUUUUCAACAGAUUCGCGUCUUCAGGCCACCCAACUACUCUGGCACCAUUGCUUUGGCCCUAUUAGUGUCACUUGUUGGUGGUUUGCUCUAUUUAAGAAGGAACAACUUGGAAUUCAUCUAUAACAAGACUGGUUGGGCCAUGGUAUCCCUGUGUAUAGUCUUUGCUAUGACUUCAGGCCAGAUGUGGAAUCAUAUCCGUGGACCUCCAUAUGCUCAUAAGAACCCACACAACGGACAAGUGAGCUACAUUCAUGGAAGCAGCCAGGCUCAAUUCGUGGCCGAGUCACACAUUAUCCUGGUAUUAAGUAUCCUUUAAAAUACGGGUGUAUUGAAAAA